AUGGAUUCCAGCCGGAAGCUCGAUCACGGCUCGGCGUCGGUGUCCGCAGACUCGGAUGAGACGUUCGCCGAGGACGUGUUCGUCGCCGAGGAGGUCCAGCCGGUCUCCGCGGACGUCGAGGUCGCCGCGGACUCCGUCGAGCUCGUCGCGGACUCCGUUCUGGAGGUCGCGGACUCCGUCGAGUCACCGCCGUCGUCAUCAACUUCAUCGAUGCCGCCGCCGUCGUCUUCGAGCGCCGGCAAGGUUCCUAAUUCAGAUGAGUUCACAGUGGAGAUUCACCAUGGUGGUUUCUUUGUUGGGUCCGGACAGUUGAAGUCAUAUCUGGAUGAACAGGCCGGCGGGCCUUCGUACGCGGUGGAGCUGGGGCGGCUGGACGGGCUGAGCUCAAGGAAGAGCAGCGUGGACGGGAAGCUGCCGGCGCCCAUCGUCAACCUGGACCAGCUGAACAAGAUCUUCGCCGCCAACGGGCUCUCGCAGGCCGACAUGAUCGCCCUCUCCGGUACGUACGGUAACAACAAGCGACGAUAG